AUGGACAGAGUAGUAUCCGCGAAGCAGACCGUCGUUCUGUACCCCGGCGGCGGCGCCGGGCACCUCGGGCCGAUGACGCAGCUCGCCAAGGUCUUCCUCCACCACGGCUACGACGUCACCAUAGUGCUCCUGGAGCCGCCCAUCAAGUCGAUCGCGCCCGGCGCCAGCUUCAUCGAGGGCCUCGCCGCCUCCAACCCGUCCAUCACCUUCCACCUCCUCCCGCCGAUCCCGCCCCCUGACUUCGCCAGCGCCACCAAGCACCCUUUCCUCCUCGUGCAGGAGCUGCUGGGCCAGUACAACGACAAGCUCGAGAGCUUCCUCCGCUCUAUCCCCCGGGAGCGCCUGCACUCCCUCGUCAUCGACAUGUUCUGCACCGACGCCAUCAACGUGGCCGCAAAGGUGGGCGUCCCCGUCUACACGUUCUUCGCGGCGAGCGCAGGAGCUCUGGCCGUCCUAACCCAGACGGCGGCGCUGCUUGCCGGUCGGCAAACGGGCCUGAAGGAGCUUGGAGACACGCCCCUCGAGUUCCUUGGCGUCCCGCCGAUGCCGGCGUCCCAUAUCCUCAGGGAGAUGCUCGAGGACCCGGAGGACGAGCUGUGCAAGACCAUGACGGAGAUCUGGAAGCGCGACACGGACACCCGGGGCGUCCUGAUCAACACCUUCUACUCACUGGAGGGCCGGGCCCUGCAGGCGUUCAGCGACCCGCUGUGCUUGCUGUCCGAGGAGCAGGUUAAGGAGAUCGCCGCUGGCCUAGAGAAGUCCGGGCAACGGUUCCUGUGGGUGGUGCGCACGCCGGCCAGCGACCCGAAACGACUCUGGGAGCCACGCCCGGAGCCGGACCUUGACACCAUCCUGCCGGAGGGGUUCUUGGAGCGGACCAGGGACCGCGGCCUCGUCAUCAAGUCGUGGGCACCGCAGGUGGAUGUGCUCAACAACCCAGCUAUUGGCGCGUUUGUCACCCACUGCGGGUGGAACUCGACGCUUGAGGCCAUCGCAGCGGGUGCCGAUGCUGUGCUGGCCACUGGACGCAGAGCAGAAGAUCAACAAGGUACUUAUGACCGAGGCCAUGGGCAUCGGGCUGGAGCUGGAGGGGUACAACACAGGUUUCAUCAAGGCUGA